AAGGAUGCAGCAGCCCGUCGGCAGACGGUGGUAAGGUGGUGGCGACGUCUCGCUUCUGUGACGGCCAGACGAGAUUGAGCUAAUCCGAAACCCACCGUCGUCGUUGCAAAUGCGAUGCAUCUCAAUUUGCGCAUUCGCUCAUUUCAGCUGUUCAUCUUGGCGGGCACCGACAUACAAAGUAGCAGGCAUCGAUUUUCUCUUUCUCGUCCCUCUGGCAGGCAAGGGCGAUAAAACCGAUCAGGUCGACUGGAUUUACGACUUCCUCGGCACCUCGGGACGAUACCCUACCUGUACAAAUGACCUGGAUCGACAUAUGCCACUUCCUCUUCGAAGCGACAAAACUUUUCGACAAUUUCAGAUGGCGCGAUGAAAGAAUAAUCGAUACCUCUUCGUUGUUUAUCUCGAUACUGAAAACGAAUUUUCUCUUCGGAUACGGUGUUCCCGCCUCAAAAGAUGGAGGCUGCGGUUUCUUUUUGCGACUACAACGAAAUGGGCGUUUCCUGGGCGGUUUUGCAUCUUCAUCAAGCCAGCUUUUUGCAUCGGUUUCGGCGGAGUUCGUCGGGUUUGCUUUUCAUCUCGAUACCAUAUACCUGGUGUUUCGGGCGUCUCUUUUUUUCGUCAUCACAGAAGCGGCGAUUUCCCUCAUCAUUACGAUAAAAAGCUCUAACGGUUCACGGGUCAACGAGCUCGAAAGAAAAAGAAUAUCGACAUAUAGAACGACUUGCGAUGGAUGGGAGCGGGGCGCUGUUUGUUUCUUGGGCUGUUGGUGUUUCUCGAUCUUAUUAGGGGGUUACAUGGGCGAACAUCUCGGUGUAGGGCGGAUUGGCAAAGACAUUGUGCGGUUUUUGUUGGGGAAUCUCAGUGAGCUGGUAUUUCCGAAUCGGUUUACGUGGUGGGCUCCGGAUUGAGGAGUUGGUUGAAUUCCCUUUCUCCAUGUCACUUGACUUCGCUGUAUCAUGGGUUGAUAGGGAGCAGCUGCGGCUUGCUCCCGCUUCUAUAUCCCUUCUUAUUUUCAUGUCUGGAAUUUUC